GCAUUUUGUGAUGUGAGGAUUUUUGUUGAAAGUUUUUUUUAAUGGAAUAAUACACAAAUUCUCUAAAGUAAUUGAUGUCAUUUAGAAGCUUUUGCAAUAGAAACCCGAAAUAUAGAGAAAUAGAUUGGUGUGCGAUGCCAUGGAGGCCCAGAGUAGUCUGUAUGCGUCUCUUCAAAUUUGGUUAAAAGAUGAAAAUAAAAAAUGAUGGAAUGCAAAUAAAAACAUUAGAACAUAUGUGAUGUGAAACAUAAUUUAGUGGUAUUAAAAUAAAAGGAAUGACUAUAAAUAAAUAGUGUUGAUCUCAAUAAGGGCUAAGAUUAUAAUACUGGAAAAAGACUUGUUAUGUGAAUGGUGGAAGUGAUAGUGCAGCAUGAAAGGAAAGGGUAUGUGAUAAAAGUGCGAAAUGAUCAAGGAAAAAGCCGAAAAAAGUUCGGAUACAACAAAAGAUGAGGCUGGCAGUUCAGAUAAGGAAACUGCUAGUUCAGAAGUUCGAGUCAAAAAAGAGGAUGAGGCUACUGUUAAGAAGGAACCCUGUGCAGGUACUAUCACCAAAAAUGGGAGUAUUGUCGGUUCAACGAAUACAGGUUCCUUACAAACAACUUUGGAUAGAAAACCUGAGGUUCACUCAGAGGACUCUUUAAGUGUUCCUGGUCCUGACACCAGUUCACUGCCCCUGAAACAAGAAGAAUGCAUUGAUGGUGAACUUGGAGGUGAUGCAUUUGGACUGGGGUUGCCUACUACUGGAGGCAGUACACAUCCUCCACCUCCAGAAGGAGUGCAACCCCUAGCAAGUAAUGUUAUUAACAAACAGCCCAACUCAAUGGAAGUUAAUUAUAUGCAACAGCAGAGUCAGAUCUUUGUGUUUUCAACCAGCUUAGCCAACUCAGGUGCCGACGAAGUCUUACAAGGUAGAUAUCCAUCAAUAAUAGCUUACCAUUGUGCCCAACCUGGUACCAAGAAGUAUUUAGAAAAGAAUCCCCUAAAAGUAACUCAAUUUAAUAGACAGAAUCCUGCACAGUGGCUUAACAACAUUGCCAUGAUGAAAAAUAAAAGUUGUACAAGGAGUCCAGGUCUGGGGCCAAAACCUCCAACUACUUUAGAUAAUUUUUUGGGACCUGACCCUUUAGAUGAUAUGGUUGGCUUGGAUGAGGCAAACAUACCCUGGGAUACAAAAAAUAAUCACCUAGAAGGUCUCGAUGCUGCUGUUUCUAAUGGAUUACCUGAUGUGGUGCCUGAUAUGGAUGCUUGCAGUCCUUCCUUAGCAAAUGUUCAGCCCUCAUUGCAGGGUGUUAAAGUGCCUGAUGAGAAUCUCACUCCUCAACAGAGGCAACACCGUGAAGUACAACUGGCUACAAUAAGGAAAAUGCAACAAAUGCUGUUUCCAGAGAGCCAAAGUAUAGACGGCGUUCCCACUGGAGCAGGGGGAGCGCCCCCUGGUGGAAACCCUCCUGGUAAUACCACCCCAUCUGAUCCAAACCUUCCUCCAGGGGUGCCCCCACCCGGUGGCCAAAUGGAAUGGCAGAAACUACACCAUCAAUUCUAUGAUGACCCCAAAAGGAAACAAGGUCCUGGUCCUGUUGUUCCAGUAGGCCCAGUGAGCAGUGGUAACAGCAAUAAUCCUUCAAUGCCCCCUAAUAUACCACCAGGAGGACCAGGGGGAAUGCCUAGAGGCAUUCCUGGAUCAGGACCAAGACUUCAAGGGCCUCCUCCCCCAUAUCAUCAAACUCCUCGUUCAGCCAGUGUUCCAAUAGCAUUACAAAGUCCCAAUCCAACAUCGCCCAACAAUCCUACAAGUAAUUUAUCUCUACCAUCACCCAGAGCAUCCUCAGCUCUUAAUUCACCUGCUGAUCCAAACAGGACGUUUGGAUUGAGUAGGCAUAUGAGUACUGGACAAAGCCCUACCUCACAAGACUCCCCUUCUGCACCAAGACUUAAUCACAGUAAUCCUAGCACACCCCUAUCAUCACAUCAUCUUUCUCCUAGUGUCACUAGCACUAGUACUGAGCCGACCUCUACCCAUCAAUCUACAGUAGAUGGAAUGUUUGGAAGAACGUUGCAGUCUAUGGCGCAACAGAAGCAACAGAUCAGCACUUCAACAACUUCUUGUGCCACAACACCAAGUACAGGCAUAGUUAAGGAGCCCAAUCUGAUGCCUGUACCUUCCCCUCAACAAAUACAGUAUCUCAACACAUUUGAAGGACAGGAACUGAUCAUUCAGAAACAGCCAAAUACCAGCCUCAAGGAAGGCAAUAUCAUAUCACCUCCCGUUUUACCCACGACGAUGGACAGUGGUUUUCCUGUUUCUGCGCCAGAUCUUCCACACUCUAGAGUCUCAGGUCCCAACACACCCACAUCAAUGGAUGUGGGCCCAAGAUUUCCCCCUACCCCUUCAGAGGGUUGUCGCUUCCAGAUACCCAGUCCUCACACGCCCACUGCAGCGACAGUAGGUGACAAGCCAUCUCAAAGACUUCCCGGCGCUGGAGCGCCCGGUCUAAGUCCGCAAACGGUCCCCGGUCCGAACUCAGACCCCCUCAAAACUGACCUGUUUCCAACUCCCAGUCCUCACAUGAUGGACGUGCCGCGGUUUACAGGACCAAACGCUUCUCCGGGUGCUAAAAUGGGAGGAGGUUUCGUCAAUUUAUCGCCCCAAGGAAAACCCCUAGACCUGCCCAACUACGGAUGCGUCAGAGGUGACAACGUUCCUUUGAAUCCGAACUGCACAAGUACAAUGCCCGGGAACCCCAAGGUGUCCCACUUCGACCCGAUAUCUUCCUUAGCACAAAUGAGUCAACAGUUAACUAACAGCGUAGCGAGUUCGUUGAAUGGUCAGAGCAAUCAGGGCCCUCCGAUGAUGAGCUUCGGAUCUUCUUCCAUGCAUAUGAUGGACAUGGGCGCUUGCCAUGGAAUGAACGACAUGGAUCAAGGAUCUGCGAAUAUGAUGGGCAUGCCGAUGCAAGGGCCUCCGCACGGUUUCCACCCGAACUCACCUAUGGGCCCCAUUCGCUCUCUUUCGCCUAAACUGCAAGGUGCCUUUCCAAAUCAUAUGCCUAUGCCUAGGAUGAUGGGACGCCCCCCGGGGCCUCCAAAUCCUUACAACGGAGCCAACGUUCAAGUCAAGCCUAACGCACCAAAUACAAUACAGUAUUUACCAGCCAAGCCCCAAGUGGGACAAGCCCCAGGACCAAGAGGGCCUCCCAGUUUGGAUUUCUUGACACGGCUCGCCACACCAAUGAGCAUGAUGGACUCCAAAAUGCAACCACAGAACAUGCAAUUUUUCUCAGGUUGUGGCCCUAAUAAUGGUCCCAUGCAAGGCGGUCCGAUGCCCCCGCACAUGGGACACAUGGAAGGACCCGGAAUGCCCCAAGAUGGAGGCAUGGGUCCGAUGAGUAUGGGUAGCCACAUGGGAAACGGUCCAGGACCGAUGGGUGGAAAUAUGGGCAUGCCAGGCGGUAUGAUGCCUAUGAUGCGAGGGCCGAUGAGACCUCCCAUGGGCAUGCGCAUGCCCCAAAUGGUAUUCAACGGCCCUCCAGGUCCGGGCGGCGUCCCGGAGCCCAUGUUUAAUCCCGGCCCCAAUAUGGGCAACCCAUCCGCGCAAGUGUUCGUCAGCGGUCCUAAAGGCAGCCCAAUGGGAAUGGGCGCCCCGGACGCGUCUCAACCCUUACCGCCGUCGAUGGGGCAAAACAAUAGCUUUAAAAACUCACCGUUCGUCUGUCCCACAACUGCCGAUCCCAACUAUGCACAACAGUUCCACAACUUCCAGCAACAGCUGUACGCCACCGGUACGCGCAACCAGAUGGGCGGACAAGCGAUGGGGCCCGGGCCGGGACCCCCACACAUGCAGCAGCCUCCAUACUACAAUCCCAAAUAGCGAAUGUGGUGCUGAGUGUAUGAAUCAGAGUAAUUUGUUUUAUUUUUGAUAUUACUAAUGAGUAAUCCGGCAAUAAUAGAAUGUGAGAUUGAGUUGUAUAUUAAGUGUUAAGCAUCGAAUUCAAGUGCAGUUAAAGGUCAUGUAAAAAGUUUAAAGUCGCCUGCCUAAAGGCCCAGUUCGCCUAAAAUACUUAAUGCUAUUCUGGAUUUGUAUAUUUGCCAUAAAUCAACUAGAAAGACUUAGUAAUAAUAUUAAGUGUUGGACUUGCUUAGUCCUUUUAAAGACGGAAGACGGAGGUUUCACUAUUGCUCAUUAAUUUGUUUCUAUCCUGUUAUUCGUUUAUUGUACA